AGUUUGUUUUUGAGUGGGUGGUGGUCCGGAUCCAUGAGCACAUGGUGUGGAUGCUAUUACAACACUGCUCCCUUUGAAAUUUUUGUUGCACAAGACGAUGACGACCUGAAAAUUCCGCAGGAGAACCAUGGAAACCACUGCACUCCGUCACGCAAUCGGCGUGAAAGGGUUCCCCUCUGUCAGUUACUCCUCUAAACAACUAGCAAUAACACGGCGACGACGUAGUCUCGACUCUCUCAGUCUCAUUUUCCGUCCAAUUUCUCUCAAUUUCCACAACCGUACGGUCCGUUGUACUGCUCACAGUAAGAAUCACCACGAUCAUCAUCACCACCACAAUCACAAUCAUCACCAUCACCAUCACCAUCACCAUCACCAUCAUAAUCACAGCCACGGAGAUGUUGAGGAGCUGAGUGGACCUCAGAGAGCACUCAUUAAUUUUGCAAAAGCGGUAAAGUGGAUUGACUUAGCUAAUCUGCUGAGAGAGAAUUUGCAGCUUUGUUGCUGCUCUGCUGCCUUGUUUGUAGCGGCUGCUGCUUGCCCUUACUUAAUUCCUAAUCCUGUAGUUAAGCCUAUCCAAAAUGCCUUCAUCAUCGUCGCCUUUCCUCUCGUCGGGGUCUCAGCAUCCCUAGAUGCUCUUACUGAUGUUACUGGUGGGAAGGUAAAUAUUCAUGUGUUGAUGGCUCUUGCAGCCUUUUCAUCAGUAUUUAUGGGAAAUGCUUUGGAAGGAGGGUUACUUCUUGCAAUGUUCAAUCUCGCUCAUAUUGCUGAAGAGUUUUUCACCAGUCGUUCAAUGGUGGAUGUUAAAGAGUUGAAGGAAAGUCAUCCAGAUUCUGCUCUUGUGCUAGACGUAAAUGAUGAGAAACUUCCAGAUCUCUCUGAUUUGUCAUAUGAAAGUAUCCCGGUGCAUGAUGUAAAAGUGGGCUCAUUUAUUUUGGUCGGAACUGGUGAGGCUGUUCCUGUAGAUUGUGAAGUUUUUCAAGGUCGUGCAACAAUUACUAUUGAGCAUUUGACUGGUGAAAUCAAGCCAGUAGAAAUAAAAGUUGGAGACAGGAUUCCUGGUGGUGCAAGGAAUUUGGAUGGUAGAAUUAUUGUAAAGGCCACAAAGAUGUGGAAAGAGUCAACACUGAACAGGAUUGUACAGUUAACUGAAGAAGCACAGCUAAAUAAACCAAAGCUGCAAAGAUGGCUGGACGAAUUUGGUGAGCAUUAUAGCAAAGUGGUUGUGGGUUUGUCCAUUGCUGUUGCUUUACUUGGGCCGUUUCUUUUCAACUGGCCUUUCAUCGGCACAUCAGCCUGCAGAGGAUCAGUCUACAGAGCACUAGGGCUUAUGGUGGCAGCAUCACCUUGUGCCUUGGCUGUAGCUCCAUUGGCGUAUGCCAUUGCUAUUAGUUCUUGUGCUAGAAAGGGAAUAUUGCUUAAAGGAGGCCAGGUUUUAGAUGCUCUAUCUUCCUGUCACACAAUUGCUUUUGAUAAAACUGGGACAUUGACAACUGGAGGGCUUAUGUUUAAAGCUAUUGAACCACUUUUUGGACAUGAGCUAGUAAACAAGAAUACAAAUUUUACUUCCUGUUGUAUUCCCAGCUGUGAGAAAGAAGCUCUUGCUGUAGCAGCUGCAAUGGAAAAGGGUACUACUCACCCUAUUGGAAGAGCUGUUGUAGAUCAUAGCAUAGGCAAGGACCUACCUUUUGUUUCUGUGGAAAGUUUUGAAUGCUUUCCUGGUAGAGGUCUUACUGCUACUUUGAAUAAUAUUGAGUCAGCAACUGGAAGGGUUAAGUUGUUGAAGGCAUCACUUGGUUCUAUAGAGUUCAUAACUUCGCUUUGUAAAUCUGAAGAUGAAUCAAGGAAGAUCAAGGAUGCGGUUAAGGCAUCUUCAUAUGGAAGUGACUUUGUUCAUGCUGCUCUUUCUGUAAAUGACAAAGUAACACUGAUUCACCUUGAGGAUAGACCUCGAGCAGGGGUUUCAGAUGUCAUAGCUGAAUUAGAGGAUCGAGCAAGGCUCCGUGUUAUGAUGCUUACUGGUGACCAUGAAUCAAGUGCAUGGAGAGUUGCAAAAUCUGUGGGCAUCUCUGAAGUUCACUAUAGCCUAAAGCCUGAGGACAAGCUUAAUCAUGUAAAGGGCAUCACAAGAGAUAUGGGUGGAGGUCUGAUUAUGGUAGGUGAAGGCAUCAACGAUGCACCGGCACUUGCUGCUGCAACUGUAGGGAUUGUUCUUGCUCAACGAGCAAGUGCAACUGCCAUAGCUGUUGCAGAUAUCUUAUUGCUGCGGGACGAUAUAUCUGGUAUUCCAUUCUGUAUUGCCAAGUCCCGCCAAACAACAUCCCUGGUCAAGCAAAAUGUGGCCCUUGCAUUAACUUGUAUAGUUCUAGCCUCUCUUCCAUCUGUUUUGGGUUUUCUUCCUCUGUGGUUAACGGUUCUUUUACAUGAAGGUGGUACUCUUCUCGUUUGCCUCAAUUCUAUACGUGCUCUAAAUGACCCCAAAUGGUCUUGGAGGGAGGACUUGUCACAUGUUGUAAAAGAAUUCAAUUGUAGACUGAUACCACGGUGGACAGACAACACAAGCUCGGGCUCCAUACAGGCUGCCCCUUUAUAGCCCUGACUUCUUUUUUUAUCUCCUUUUUUGGGUCUUCUUUCUCCCAUUUAGUAAUAGUUUAAGUACAGCAUAGCACUUUCUGAUUUUAAAGUGUAAAAGAGAUGUAAGAAACAUGGGUACAUGACAACUGACCAGCCUUUUUUUGUGCAGAAGUUAAAACAUUUUUCUUCUUCCUUGGCACUGUUUAGAGUUCCCAUAGCAAUCAAAUAAAAAGCUUUUGCUUAAUUGUAUUUAGGAGUGAACUUUAUGGAAGUCUACUAUUUGGCAACGACUGUUUGUAUUCA